UAUAUUCCUAUACUUGUUCAACAAAUUGAUUUUGCUUGCAUAAUUAUAAUCGUAAAUAUUUAAUUAUGGGAACAAAAAGUGCAAAUGCACAGAGUAGGAAAAAUUUGCGGCUUUUGCAAGCAAAGUGAAGCAAAACAUGUAUUCUGUGGUGCGAGUUACAUUUGAAUUGUAAUUUUUUGUCAACAGAGAUUUAUUUUAAAAUGGAUGUGAAUUUGAAAUUGAAAGAAUUUAACAUAAGUGUGCCCUGGGGUCAUAUAGCUGUGAAGUCUUGGGGAAAUGAGAGCCACUUUCCGAUUUUAGCCAUUCACGGAAUUCAAGACAAUGCUGGAAGUUUUGAUCAAUUGGUUUCCCUCCUUCCGCAAACUUAUAACUAUGUGUGUAUAGAUCUUCCAAGCCAUGGUAGAUCCAGUCGAUUUACUGAACACAUUCCGAUACACCUUUGGAACUUUGUGUUAGCUUUGAAAUUUGUAACUGAUCAUUUUAAUUGGGAUAAGUUUAUUUUAAUGGGUCAUAGUCUGGGUGCCCACAUAGCCCUUCAGUUUGCAAUAGUUUUUCCCGAAAAAGUGGAAAAAUUAAUACUUUUAGAUAUAAUAUCACUUCUGGCAGUCGAGCCUGAUAAGUUUGUAAGUCAUUUGUGCGAUCGUUACGAAAAAAUUUUGGAAGAAAAUAGGCAGAUAUCAAAUAAACCUGUCGAUACUCUCGAUGACGCAUUACAUGAGUUAAAUAAACAGAGAGUUCUCUUUCCUCUAAAGAAGAAGGCAGCAGAAAUGAUAUUACCAAGAAGUGUGGUGGAGUGUCCCAUCCUAAUUCUCUUAUCUACAGAAAAUGGAUGGAAUUGGCCUAAAGAUAUUCUACAGGCAUUUCAAAAGCAACGGAAUAUUAAGAUCCAAUGGCUUUCUGGCGAUCAUUACUUCCAUAUUGUUGGUGCUAAAAGUAUUGCGUUGGUUAUUGGCAAUUAUUUAGGUCUGUCAAAAAGUAAAAUAUAGACAAGUAAAUUUAUACCAAAGGGAUAAUAAACAUCUUAACUGUUAA